GAUCUGUUAUGACGUCGUUCUGAUGCUCACAGCCUCGUUGACUCUCAGCCGUUUUCUCGUUGCUCCGAGCUCGAGAGCUCAAUGAGAUCCGGCGGCGCAAGCCAUGAGCAGAAAGUGCAACCCGCGACGAAGGUCGCGCUGACGUCACUGUCGGCGGCGGCGGCGGAAUCGGCAACGUUUCCAAUUGACCUAAUCAAGACUCGGCUUCAGCUCCACGGAGAGUCUCUCUCGUCAGCCCGCCCUACCUCCGCCGUCCGCGUCGUGUCGGAAAUUGUCCUGAAUAACGGCUUUUCCGGGCUAUACAAGGGCUUGUCGCCGGCGAUUAUACGGCAUAUCUUCUAUACGCCGAUCAGAAUUGUCGGAUACGAGUAUUUGAGGAACGUUUUGGUGCCUUCUGAUCGGCCACUUUCUCUGCCUAGCAAAGCUGUUAUCGGCGGCAUUUCAGGUGUUAUUGCACAGGUAGUGGCAAGCCCUGCUGAUCUUGUUAAAGUAAGGAUGCAAGCAGAUAGUCGGAUGGUUAGCCAAGGUCUCCAGCCUAGGUAUCAUGGGCCAUUUGAUGCUUUCAACAAGAUUAUACGUACAGAAGGCUUUGGAGGACUUUGGAAAGGGGUUGUCCCAAAUGCCCAGAGAGCAUUCUUAGUUAACAUGGGAGAACUAGCUUGCUACGAUCAUGCCAAGCGUUUUGUUAUCCAAAACCACAUAGCUGACGAUAAUAUUUAUGCGCACACACUAUCUUCCAUCAUGUCGGGUCUAGCAGCGACCACAUUGAGUUGCCCAGCAGACGUAAUCAAGACGAGAAUGAUGAACCAAGCCGCUGAGGAAGAAGGCAAGAGCAAGUAUAAAAACUCAUAUCAUUGUCUUGUGAAGACUGUUAGAGUUGAAGGUUUGGGAGCAUUGUGGAAGGGAUUCUUCCCAACCUGGGCAAGGCUGGGGCCUUGGCAAUUUGUGUUCUGGGUUUCGUAUGAGAAACUCCGGCAAAUUGCUGGUCUCUCUUCCUUCUAACAUCAUUAAAUCCAGAUUUUAAGGAUUAAUGAUAAAUUUUGGUAUACUAUGAAUGAAUGUGAGCUAGGCACUGAUGCAAUGAAUAAUGAAUUCAUCCAAAAUUUAUGUUAGAGAUAUAAUGAUUUUUCAAAAUCUAA